AUGGGUAAGCCUUGCUACGGAACUACUCGGGCCCAAGGAUACGUGUCAUCUUGUAACUCCGGUGGCUCAUUGACCUGGGUAAGAGCUCUUAGAAACAAGAGAGGUUAUCUUUUAAACCCCAAAGGCUUCUAGGAAGAGUCCUGUACGCGCCAUCUCUCCCCUAGGUGGCCUGGCGCAGUGAUUAGAGGGCCCGUCUAAUUAUUGACUUUUUUAUUAGGAGGUUCGAACCCUGUCGAGUGCAAAUUUUCUUUGCAUUUUCCUAGAUCUAAGAAGAAUUCACUCCCUUCGAGAAAAAGAAUAUCUGCACUCGACAGGGAUCGAACCCAAAAAAGUUAUAUCAGGAUACUGGCCCUCAAGCCACUGCGCCAGGCUACGGUUAGAGAAAGGUUCAGGGGCGUAUAGGACUCUUCUUGGAUUUCUUCGAGGAGAUUUUUCUCGGAAGCCUCUGGGAUUUAGCACAUUAUCUAUCUUGUUCCUGAGAGCUCUUACCGAGGUGUAUAGGUGACCAAACUUUCAACUCGAUCCGCGUGUUAGAGUGCGCGUAGUUUCCUAAUUGACAAAUUUGAUAAAUUCAUAAAAAAAUUUCUUUUGGUUACGUUUUUCAGUGCAUUCUUAAGACAAUAGCGUGAGGGAAAAUACGUAAAAGGUUAAAACAGUUAUUCGGUGACAGCUGGCUCCAAGCAUGAGAGAAGGUUGAACACUUUUUAAAUUUCGUACAGUAAAUCGCGCAUUAUUCUUCAAAUCUGGAAAGUACGGACGGUUGUCGACUUCUGCUUCUUUCUAAAUCAGAGCCAGCGUAAACCGUUUCACUUUUCUUUUUGGACAGAAGAAAGCUUUUAUUCGAAGCUUCAAUUUAUAAUUCUUGAUUAUUUUAUAAUUGAUAGACAGUCUUUCUUAGGGUGAAAAAUGUCUUUCUUAGAGAAAUUAGCUUUGACUGGCUGUAAUUUCAAAACUAUUCCUUUUUUUAUAUCGGAAAUUUCAGAUUGGUUGUCAAGUCGGAUCAAAAAUUAUGUUUUCGUGUUGCUCAUGUUGAUGUGGACCUGUGAAUCAGCAGUUGCUGGAGGUCCUAUAUUCUUUUUUUUUGUUGAUUUUGUCUUCGCUACGAUAAUCUACAAGUUUUUCAAAGGUGCUAAACUACAGCAGGAAAAUUUGGAUAUCCAAAAAAAAAGAGCGGAAACUUUUUAAUAUCUUUUUUGAAACCUUGCUGGGAUUAAGGAAGGAGCACAACUCACUGUAAAAAAUUCGAAUUGAUGGAAGUUUUCGGUUCAUGUUCCAAAGGAAACGUCUUCAGGGAAUUGCUGCGAGAGACCUAUAUGGAGCUAUGCCUCCGGUGACGCUGUGCCACCCGAAUGCAAAACCCUCAGAUGUUCUGUGGCGUCGGUGUACCUCGAAGGAACGGAUGCCUUAAAUACAGAGGCCGCGCAUUUCCUGGAAAAGGCCAAGAAGAUAGGGACUCUCUCUAUUGUCAGAGCGAAGAAAAAUUUCGACAUGAAUUUUUGGAGCAAGUGAUCCACAAGGGAAAUGGUUUGUAAAUUAAUUUUUAUCAUAUCCAGCUCACGGAUGCUUUGAAACCUAUAGUUUCUUUAUUUCUGCGUCUUUUCGAAAAAUGACGUGUGAAAAUUUUCUUCUGUCACACAUGUUAAGAUCUCCUGAUUCCAAAACACGAAUGAAACUUUUCACAUGAGAUUUAUAGUCUGUUCAGAUUUCGACUAAUACUUUUCCGACUUUUUUCUCGAUAAAUUAUUCGUUUUGAAUCGUCCUUUGAAAAGUAGGUAGUUCAUCCAUGAUUAAAACACGAAUAAAUAUGAAAAAAAAAAAUGUUAAUAGAUGUUUUACAAAUCAAAAAGUUUAAGAAAAAAAAGUCGGAAAAUUCCCUAGCGAUAUGAAAAACUCGGAAAAGUCGCCGUUCAAAAUUUCGCUGGUUUUUUUUCAUACCACCAAUACUUCUGUUGCAGGUCCGGCUAUUUACCUCGAAAACGCCAAAAUUACCGAUACAUCGUUCACAAAACUCAAUAGUAUCGUAAUAAAGGAUGUUUCGCCCUUCUGCAAGAAUCGAGACCUAAUCGUCAUCAAUGGGACUCUUGACCAAACUGUUCGAGACCGUCUGGUAGCUCUACAGGACAAGGUAUAGAUAGAACAAAGAAAAUGCCCCUUUUUUUCUUCAAAACUUCAAAAAGAUGCAGAAAAAGCCCUUUCUGACUAUUUUUCAGCGAUUCCAAAUAAAGUAAUUGGUUCGGCCAGCGUGAAAAGGCUAUAAAACAGCCCCAUUUCAAAUAACGGAGUUGUUUUAAAUUUAGUUUUUUUUUAAACAUACUCUUUCGAGAUCAACAUGUUACAAGGUGCUGUAUUUAUUGCAAAAUAUUGUGAAUUUUUCGGUCUUAGUAAUACAUGAUUCAUCAAAAAUUUAGUCUGAAAAAAAAGUUUCUGCAAGGUGCUGUUUUUAUUGCAAUUUCAUGGGGAAAAAAGUUGGGAGGAAAUCGUAAAGAAUUGUAAAAUUUUUCACGCAAACUAAAAAGAAUGUUUUCGUCUUCCGAUGUACCAGGCCAAAAUAGCGUUUUCCUAUUGAGCAGAAUAGAAAUGCGAUAAAUCACGCCUUUUCAAGGCGGGUGGUUCAAAGUUGAAGUCUUGGCUGUAAAAUGGACAUUUGAGUACUGUACUUUUAACAUUGAAUCUUUUGACCGAUCGCUGGUCACCUUAGCUCUACUUGUGUUGAGUAAUACCCACAGGGAAGUCCUUUGUCGAAUGAAUUUUCCUUCAGAUGCUAAAGAAUUGCGCCACGUUGACCACGACAGCCACUGGAAAUAGUGUAUUGACCUCGACUCCGAGCGUCAACGCGACGAAGCAGAAGCCGUCGAGCGUUUCACCUCAGACCUGCGCCGCUCAGGCUGUUUGCCCCAAGGCCGAAGCCAAAGCUUGUCCUUCGAACUGUGAGUAUUCGAGUGAGAGGGCCAUGUUGGCGGAGUUGAGCCGAGUUACUUACAAGGCUAGUGAAGCAGUCCGAGUUUUGAAAUUUCGCUAAAACUCAUCUGACAAGAAAGUUCACUUUACUUUGCGGUUGGGAGUUUUCGGAAAAUGAUCAUCUAACUUUUUGAUGUACGAGAUCGAGAGUCUCAACCUUCAAAACUUUCAAUUUUUAGCUUUCUUACUUUUAAGUAAUUAUAAAGAUGCCCAAAAGUUUUUUUGGAGUAGGUUAUUUUUCAUCAACUGCGGCCAGAGACAUUGCAAAUCGAAGAUUUUUGUAAAUUUGGGUUGAUGGACCUAGUGACCCUGAGGUUAGAGACCUUUAAUAAUAAUUUACUGAAAAUAAAAUAUUUCUGCAAUUUAAAAAAACGAGCAGUUGAAGUUCUAUGAAACAGCCAAAAAGCAACAAAAAUUUUUUAUAUCAGGGAAUGCUCCUGAAUUAUUUUCAGCUAGUUCAUUUUUUUCACGUCCAUGUUCGGUUUUGAAUUUUCCAGACACGUUGGUCAUCACUGGCAUAGUUAUUCUGGCGAUUCUUGUCUUGGCCCUUGUCGUCGUUUUGAUUUUCGCAUCCAGGAUGGCAUCUGCGAAAAAGAAUCACGACCUAAUUCUCGCUGCGAUGGGUACUUGGAAUUUCUUUUUUCGGAAGUUGUGGUUGCACGCUUUUUCUGACUUUGUAGCUUGAAAACCCUUUUUCUAUCAGGUCAUUUUUCGCGUUGCAGAUGUUUUAAUGACUAAAAAUGCAUGUUUUCGAAAGUUUUAAGAAGUUUUACCAUGAGAAAGUGCUUCAGAAAGUCGAAAUGAUUCUUGAUCUUGAAAAUGAAUACCAAAAAAUAAAAUCUAAUGUUUUUUCUUGGUUUUUUCCUGCGUUGGAAAGGUGCUGAAUAGUUUGAGAAUCUGAGAUCUCGAGCAGUUUUGACGAAUUCGAGAAGUUUGAAGAAUUGUAUAGCGUUAGAAAGUUGGUGUAGUCAAUCCUUCCCGACUUGAAAGGCGAGAGUCGGAGAAGUGGGCGGGACCCGUAGCGUGCCCGGUUCUUGGCAAGAGUUCAUCUCAUUUGUGUACAAAAAUUAGUAGAAUAGAUACCAAAAGAGCGGUGACCGAACUUUUCAAAUUGUAGUGGUUGAAUUGAGUUUUUCGCCACGGUAAGCGUCCCGCCUCCCUCGCCUUCCAAGUCUGGAUGGAUUGACUAUAUAUACAAAUUCACGCCUAAUCAGGAUUUUUUUUCUUUUGAUAAGAUCAUGUAAAUUUCAACUAUUCUCUUGGCCGCAAAACGGAAGUUGAAUUUCAAGCUCGAUCUGUGUUUUCAGGAUCAUACGCUACACAAGUGCUGAAUAGUUUUGUUCUUUUGGAGUCUAAAAGAGAUACACGAAUUCGUCAGUUUCUCAUCAACCCUGCUUUUUUUUUCUUAUGAAAUGGAUUUCAGUUGAAGCGAUCUCUAUGGAUGCGGAUCCGAAUGAGGUCAUACCACUCGGUGAGUGAAAAAAAAAAUCAAUUAUCAGUAAUCAAAACCUUCAAACUUAAGCUCGAGAGGUCAAAGCAUGGGAGAUCAUUUGCUCUACACGCACCGCCAAGUUUGAGAAAAAUCAGCUUUUGGACCCCGUUGCCGACUUUUCGAUCCCCGAAAACCGCUCAAAACCCCUCAAAGCAGUUCCUAUUUGCGCCCCUCGCGGUUUGACUGUGGAAUAUGCCGAGGCUCUCGAGAAGUUCGAAGAAGUCAAAAAGACACACAAUACGGGCAAAGAGUUUGUGCCACCGAAAGACACGAAUUUGCUGUCGGACGCCAGUCGGAACAAUCCAGCCAUGUCCAAAGAAAUCGAAGUUUAUCCCUAUUUGUGCACAGUGAAGCCGUAUAAGACAGUUGAAAAAGAUCCCAAAACGAAGAAAACCUCACGGCCGGAAGAAUCGAAAGAGCGUAAGAAGGCCGGAGGAGAUAAAAAUCAAAAUACUGCCGCAACAAAAGAGAAAAAGCCGGAAGGCGCGAAGAAAGUUGAGCCGUCUAAGGUCGAACAGAAGACUGUUCCUCAACAGGCUGCUCCAACUACUCAGAAGGCUGCUCCACCUACUCGAGCGCUUCCUUUUGUUCUUGUCGUGCCUCCCCCGGAAAUCCAGGUUGAAACAGUCGAGCGCGCAAAAUGCAAGCCUUUGGCCCUGUCUAAACCGGCUCCUGACGUUUUGCCAGAGAUCAAGUUCGACUCAAAAAUUUUGAGUAUGGUUUUUUUUAACCGAAAUUUUUUUUCUCAAUGGUUCACUCAGCUGAAUACUAUUCAGAUGAGUGAACCAUUGGGAAGAAAAAUUCAGUGAAUAGCUCUACAAGCCUCUAUUGCUUUACUUCAAGGGAUAGUUAAAAAAUUAAUUUUUUUAAAUAAUCUCACGUUCCGUGUUGUUUAUCAAGUCUCGUUUUGAGCCAGAAAUAAAUUAACCGUAGUCUUCACAACAGAUACAUAAUUUUCAAUAUGAGUCAGAUAUUGAAGAUACUUCAAUACUCUUAAAGAUCGCAAUCUUUGCAGAAGACUCAUUCGUCAUUUUCGAAUUGAUGUGUGAAAACUUCAAGAAUUAUUACGUGGUCCACGCUAACGGUAAGAAUAAAAGAAGGUGCUAUGAACCGAAAAAUGGCGUCUUUUUCGAUUCUUGAAUUUUAUCACAAGGGAUCUUUCCUAUUUUUUUCUUUUUCCAGUUCUUCGUGUUGAGCGUCCUUAUACAAGCUAUGAAACUUGUUCAAAAUAAAAUGGCAGCAACUGAAAGAAAAAAAUCAAAAUAGAAUAAAUCCAGGAAAACGUCGCCAUCGGGAAGCUUCCUAUCAAGAAUAAAUUUGGAAAAGUUGCCUUCGUGGAAUUUGCUAGUUUUUGAUUAGUAUCAUCAAACAGUGAAAGAUAAAACGGUUUUUUACAGUGUUAAAACUCCUGAAUGACACCUCCGACCAUUCCGGUCUCAAUGUCGAAAAGACGGUCAUGGGUAAUGCGGUUUGGGACUCUAAAAUCUUCAAAAAGUCGAAACAUACGCCUCUUGAAUUCCCCGGGCCUGAUGAGAGUAAAAAGACUGAGUCCAUCAUGGGAUGCACAGAUGACUUAUCUUGUAAGUUUUCGUAUUUCAAUCCCGAAUUCCGUCCUUCUCAGUGUAUCACAACGUUUUGAUGGAGCUUCGUGCGAAAUGCGACGCCCAGGACCGAGAAUUGCUUGAACUUCUCGAAGCGGAAGAAAAAGACCGGGCAAUGCUGAUGCACGGCGGCGGAAAGAACUACUACGCGUUUUUCGACAGUCAGUUUUCAAAAAUCUUUUUUUGAAAGAAUGUGGAAACAUGAGUUUUGUCGUUUCGUAUAGCUUUUCAGCGCGUUCUCAAAUAUGCACUGAAAACUGCCCAAAAGGAAUUUUUCGAGCAAAAACUGGAUUGCGAAAGAUUGGAUCACACACAGUCGCUUAUCGUAAUGAAGUGUUCGAAGUGAUUCCGCGAAAUCCAAAAUCGCUCCGACUCCCAAUUUUUGUUUUCAUUUUCUUUCUCUGGCGGCUAUUUUUAACUUUGAAAAAAAUUAAUAUUCAUGAAGACGAAAUUUCCUGGUCAAAUUUUUAAAAAAAUUAGCCUAAUCGGAAUGAAGGGGAAUUCUAUGGAAAUACAGAAAAUUUUUUAAUCGGAUGAAAGUUAAAAAAUGAUUACUUUGCUGAGAAGUUUUUGGCGGAAGUUCAAUAGCAUUUUCAAACCAAAUUUGAAUUUACUUUGAGUAGAACGUUCCGUUUGGUUUUGAAGGGAACGAUUGUUCAGCUACAGAAAAAAAAAACUAGAAGAAUGCGUGAAUAUCUCAAGCAUCCUAUGUUCCUGUGAUCGUUGCGCUUUUCAGAAUUCGCAAUGGUCGAAGGAGCCGUCCUUCCGAAAGAAACGUUCGCAGCGGCAAAGAAGCGAAUCCUCAGUUGA